UUGGUUGAGACGGUAGCGUAGGGGAGGAGGGGGCUUAGAGACGGAGCGCAGAGAGCUCUCGACCUCACUCUUUCCGACUCAGGCCCAGAGGCGAGUGUGGCGCUCGGCUCGCUCGACAUCCGGACAACCCCGCCGCCAUUAUGGUGAAGCUCGCCAAGAACGCUAAAAGCCAGCUUAAACCGAAAAAAAUGGCUCCCCCUCCUCCCAAGGAUGUUGAUGACAGUGAAGAAGAUUCUUCGGAGGAGGAGGAAGAGGAAGAAGAGAGCAGUGGGGAGGAGAUGAUCCUUCCAAAGAAAGCAGUCACUCCAGCGAAGGCCGCAAACAAAAAGGCAGCUACCCCGGCCAAGAAGGGAGCUUUGACCCCGGCCAAGAAGGGAGUCGCCACCCCGGCCAAGAAGGGAGUCGCAACUCCGGCAAAGAAGGGGGGCGUUACUCCAGCGAAGACGCCCGUCUCGGCCAAAGGAGCAAAAAAUGGGAAGAACGCAAAGAAGGAAGAGAUGGAUGAGGAAGAUGAGGAAGAAGAUGAGGAGGAGGAUGAAGAAGAAGAUAGCGAGGAGGAUGAAGAUGAGUCCGAGACGGAGCUUCCCCUGCCAGUGAAGAAGCCGGCAGCCCAAGCCGCAGCAAAGAAGCCCUUAGCAGCCGCAGCAGCCAAACAGGAGUCUGAAGAUGACGAGGAGGAAGAUGAGGAGGAGGACGAAGAGGACGAGGACGAAGAAGACUCUGAAGAAGAGCCCAUGGACACCACCCCAGCAAAGGGCAAGAAAGCUGUUCUGGCAAAAGCUGCCCCAGUCAAAGCUGUUGCAGAAGACUCUGAGGACGAGGAAGAUGAAGACGAUGAGGAUGAAGACGAUGAGGAUGAAGACGAUGAGGAAGAGGAGGAAGAAGCGGUACAAGAAGCAGCUGGAAAGCGCAAGAAGGAAAUGGCCAAACAAAAAGGCAUUCCAGAUUCCAAGAAGAAGAAAACGGAAGAUGCUCCCUUUUCACUCUUCAUUGGCAAUCUGAACGCUUCAAAGGACUUUGAAGAGCUGAAGGCCGCCAUCCGGGACUUCUUUGCCAAAAAGGACCUCCAGGUCCAAGAAGUCAGAAUUGGCAACUCAAAGAAGUUCGGCUACGUAGAUUUCCCCUCGCAAGCGGAGCUGGAUAAAGCGCUGAAGUUCAGCGGGAAGAAAUUAAUGGGCUUGGAAGUGAAACUGGAAAAGGCAAAGAGUAGGGAGAGCCUACAGGAGAACAAGAAAGAGAGGGAUGCAAGAACCAUCUUUGUGAAGAAUCUCGCCUACAGCGUUACCCAGGAGGACCUGCAGGAAGUGUUUCAGGAAGCCGUGGAAGUCAGACUGGUGUCCAAGGAUGGAAGCAGCAAAGGGAUUGCCUACAUUGAAUUCAAAUCUGAAGCCGCUGCAGAGAAAGCCAUCGAGGAGAAACAAGGGAUGGAAAUCGAGGGCCGGUCCGUUAUCCUUGACUUCACAGGCGAGAAAAGCCAGCAGGACACCAGGAAAGGUGCAGAGUCCAAAACCCUCGUUGUCAACAAUCUGGCGUACGAUGCCACAGAAGAGACUCUUCAGGAUGUGUUUGAGAAGGCGGCGGCCAUUAGGAUCCCCCAGAAUAACCAGGGAAGGCCUAAAGGGUAUGCUUUUGUGGAUUUUUCUUCAGUUGAAGACGCCAAGGAAGCUAUGAAUUCCUGCAACAACACAGAGAUUGAAGGCAGGAUAGUCAGACUGGAGUACAGCUCACCUGGAGGGCCAAACAGGAACUUCAACGCCAGAGGAUUUAGUCAACAAAGCAAAACACUCUUUGUCAAAGGCUUAUCCGAGGACACAACAGAAGAAACGCUGCGAGAGUCGUUUGAUGGUUCCAUCGGGGCGAGAAUAGUCACGGACAGAGACACGGGCUCGUCCAAGGGGUUCGGCUUUGUGGACUUCAGCUCCGCCGAAGAUGCCAAAGCGGCAAAAGACGCCAUGGAGGAUGGGGAAAUCGAUGGCAACAAAGUGACCCUUGACUUUGCCAAACCCAAGGGCGACGGUCAACGCGGCGGCUUUGGCCGAGGAGGCAGAGGCGGGCGCGGCGGCAGAGGAGGCUUUGGGGGCAGAGGGGGCAGAGGCUUUGGAGGCAGAGGAGGCGGCUUCCGGGGAGGCAGAGGUGGCGGCGGCGGCGACCACAAACCGCAAGGCAAAAAGAUAAAAUUUGACGAUUGAGUGGCUCGUGGCGUCUGAAAGGACUCUGGGGUUUUUAAUUCUGUCACCGUGCAAUGACAGAGCCUUUUGAGGACAUUCCAAGAUGCGUUUUGCAGUCCCUUAAGAACAACGCGAGAAAAUUCCUUCGGAUGAAGAAAACAGCCACUCAACUGCCUGGCCACACAUAUGAACUUUUUAAUAAAAGCAACAAGAGUUGUUGGGAGUGGACCCACGCCAAGUCCGUUGUCCCGAAUUUAUAACGUUUUACCCCUGUGUAAAGAAAUAACUUGGUUAUACAUUUCUGUAGUUCCUCCUUUUUUUGUUUAUUCCUUGCUGUAAAAAUGCAAAAACAAAUGUUUUAUCACUUUGUCUUGGCACACUGUCUUGGACAGAUUAAAGGGCCUAAAUGGAUCUGUGUGUGUCCUUGGGGGAAUACCUGAAAACAUUGCACGUGCCGUCCUUCUCCCCAAAAGGAGGAGGAUACAAGCACAGGAUUGGUCGUGCACCUUACUUUGUGUCUUCCAUUCCGCCCUGCAUUAUUCGAAAUGUUUCAAGAGAUAUGUUAACUGACAUAGCCUGGCUCCCAGAAGAUUUCUGGUUUGGGGCACCCCCACAAUGAAAUGCCUUGUGCGAGGCAGCCCAGAUACCUUCAUGGGGCCUCCUGUGUCUGAUCUCCCUGGGCCGGUGGACAUGGAAAAGGUGACGUUACCAGAACAUGUCAUGUUUCUGCUGUGUGAUGAGACUGAGUAAUUUUUAAUAAACUUCUAGGUACUCUUUAAUUUUUAAAAA